UUUCUGGCGAAUCAUCCGGCCCUACAGGUCGCUUGCUAUCGUCCACUUAGGCGUGGCGCCAUGGGUUUGGAGAAGUGCCGAUCUUUUUUUUAUUCCUUCCUUUUGCCGCCGUUUUGUCUCAAAUUUAAUGUAGCCGAAGGAUCGAGUGGAGCAUGGAAGGAUUCCGCUGAUUAUUCAACCAGUAUAUGAACUGACGUCGAAGAUAUGACUUUCUCCGCGCAGCUCACUUUGCGCCCACGUAUACGCAAAAUGUCAGUGGGAACGGAAACAGAAAACAGCGUCGACCUGGUGAUUGUCGGGGGCGGUCCGACCGGUUUGGCAAUCGCCGUUCUCGCUCGAUCAUUAGGACUUUCAAUUCGCAUUCUUGAUUCCAAAGAAGGGCCGUUAGACCUGGGUCGCGCUGAUGCGCUGAACGCGCGCACCCAGCAGUACCUCGAGGUUUCCAAAACACUGGACAGGCUUCUUCCACAAGGAAUAACAUGCAACACAAGCUCGACCUUCGAAGCCGGUGAAUUCACCUCCCGCCAGAGCCACUGGUGGACGUCCCUCAAACACACCUUUCGACCGAACUUUCUCAUUAUCGGCCAGCCGCGCGUUGAAGCCGCUCUUCUUGAACAACUCGAUGUUCCUGUUGACUAUGAUCGCACAGUGAUAUCCAUCACCGAGUCCGCGACCGGUGCCUCGGUUACUACAAACAAGGGGGAGACAUUUUCAGGGAAGUAUGUCGUAGCUGCAGAUGGUGCGCGAUCCUUCGUUCGCACAGCACUGGACAUUCCUUUCACCGGAACAAAGCCUGAGAUGGUCUGGGCUGUUCUGGAUACUUUUAUCGAAACAGACUUUCCGGUGUGUCCGGAGAUCAUCACCUUCCAGGUAGACGGACAGGCCCGAGUGGCGUGGAUUCCUCGAGAACGCGGAAUGUCUCGAUUCUACAUCCUCCUGGACGGAGAAAUCACCCAAGCCAAGGCCGAAGCGUCCGUCCGAGCGCACAUGGCACCCCACAAAGUGGAUUUCGUCAAGACAGAAUGGUUUAGCACAUUUGACAUCAAGGAACGUAUCGCCGGAACCUUCAUCUCACAAUCCGGCAACGGUCGGAUCGUACUUGCAGGCGACGCAGCACACGUGCACGCCGUAAACGGUGGCCAGGGGCUCAACACCGGCAUCGCAGACGCAUUCGCUUUGACAUGGCGGCUGGGGCUUGCUGCCAAAGGCCUGUCGGGACAUGAAGUUCUGCGCAGCUAUGAUACCGAACGUCGUGCUGUCGCGGCUAGCGUUAUCGAAGUGGCCGCGUUGCUAGUGCGGUCCACGAUAAAGACGGCAUUGGAAUACGUCGAUGCCAUCGAGCGGAAUGCAGGAUAUAUCACUGGCAUGGGAGUGUCAUAUCCUUCGGGAACCUUGGUUCGUGAGUCGGAAUUCGGAGAAUUUGUCGCUGGCCAUCGCUGCCCUGAUUUAACGGUCACUGCCCUGUCGGACUCUCACAAUGUUCAUACUGGAGAGGAAAGGAGGAUGUACACUCUGUUCCAAUACGGCAAAUUCGUUGUUCUCUUCCUUGGAGACCAGGCUGGCUCGGUUUCAGCAACAGCGCUGCAAAAGUAUCAACAAGUUGCAGAGUUCUGGAAUAUCCACGCAGAUGACAAGGGCAUUGAUAGUGAAGUACCCGAGUACCAAGCUCGAUGGGUCGAGAAUCAAUCCGGCGUUGUGGUGAUUCGCCCUGACUUCUACACGGGUUACGCGGGAGAAAAGUGGGAGGAGUAUCUGGACGAGUUGUUGACGGCAACCUCGUGAUCACCAUGUGACUUGAUACUUCCAUAACAAAUAACUACUUCCCUCUCCAUACAAGUGGAAAUGUACUAUUAGUAGGUAUGCGUGGAACGGUAG